AUGGAUCAAAUAAUUGACUACUUCGAUUCAAUAAUAGGAGAUGCGGGAAAACUGAGAGAUUUCUUAGUCUAAGUAAAUAGACUAGUCAGUAACAAAGAGCACAAUAGAAGUAGCUUAAGCUAAUCAGAGCCCGAAUAUUAUCAGCAAUUUAAAUAGCUUGAACAUCUACAAUCUUUGAUGAGUGAAAUUAAAACCAAUAUUCAAAGUAGAUAAGAUGGAAUGGAAAAGGAUUUUGAUAAAUCUUAUUACUAAUCAGAACAAAUAAGUAAUCACAUAUAAUCCUCAACGAAUCUAUAGUAUGACGAUGAAGACAGGAGUGACAUAACUACUUCAAGAUCAUCUCAUGAUUCAUUUUUUAAUGACAGAUCAAACUCAAAAUUACUUUCUACCUAUGGAGAUGAAGAGUGGUCAUUAUUAGCUCAGUCCUUGAAAAAAACUAACUCUGCUUAAAAACUGAAUUUUAAUGAAGAGAUACCCCCAGUUGAGUAAAUUAAACCUUAGAGCCUUGAAUUAAUGCUAAAGCUAAUUGAACAAAACUAGAAGAUAAUAGAAUAGAAAAAGCUUAUGCUAUUAAAUCAGGGAGUAAUCUUAAAAAAUAACAUUGAAAUGAGUUAGCCACAAUCAGUAUAAAAUCAGAAUAAAUACGUUCAGCAAAAUUAGUAGCCAUUAUCAAAACCAAUCUCUACUAAUGUUUCUGUCUAAGUCACAGGAUCAACAGCAACGUUUUCCAAGCUAAGUAACUUCUAACAAAGCCCAUAAAUGAAUAUGAUUCCAUAGAAUAACUAUAAUGAUAAGGUUUAUAAAAAUGAUUAACCUAUAAGCUUCAAUUAGGGUUAUAAUAACUAACAACCAAUGAUGCACCCAGCUUAUUAAUUUAGACCUCCUUCUCAAAUUCAAAUUCAAAAUUAAUACCAAUCUUAAUAGUUGAAUGCUCCUACAUUCAAUAAUUAAAAUAGAGCUUUUGGUCAGUAGCAAAAUCAAUUUUAAAUGCAUACACAUAACUAAGUACAUGGAUAAAACGUAACUGUGAACGUUAAUAUAAAUGGAGUUAACGUCAAACCAUAAUCUCCAAUUUAAAAAUGA